AGAGUACGCGGAAGACGGGGACGCGGAGAGGAAGCGUGGAGAGGGAAAGAAGAAAUUAUGGAUGCCUUUGGUAGGCGCGGCUUCCCGCAAGUGGUUGGCCUCAGGGACGGGUGCCACUGCCUGAUCAUACCACCCCUGGGACAGAGGAAUGCAAAUGUCACCAGAAAGGGCUCCUAUUCUGUCAUCCUGCAAGGGACAUCAUGUGACCACACAGGAAGGUUCGUGGACGUGGAGCUCGGAUGGCAUGGAUCAGUCCACGAUGCCACGGUGGCACGGAAUUCUCUCAUCUUCGAGGCCAUAGAGGCUGGCAUCUAUGUGGAAGGGAACCCCAACAUCAGAGGCCAGCAGAUCGGGCCCCUGAUACUGGCUGACUGUGCCUACCCCAUUCGGAAGUGGCUCAUGACACCCUUCAAGACCCCCCACACUCCCAAAGAGAAGCUCUUCAACAAGAAGUUGAAUCACGUGAGGGGAGGGCGUGGAGAGAUUGUUUGGCAGAUUGAAGGCUUGAUGGCGCUGUCUCACUGCCCCACUCCUGGUGGCAGAGAACGUGGUGCCCAUCCUCGCAUCAUGCGCCAUUCUGCACAACAUCUGAGACCAAGGGCAGGGUCCUGGAUGAGGGGACGCGAUAUAGGCGCCGUUUUGUGCUGCCCACCCUGGAAGCAAUCACAGCGGAUGAAGAGACUGCCAAGAAGGAAGAAGGGGAGGCUGUGAGGAAUGCCCUGGCAGACUUCUUUCUGACAAGGAGAAUCUGAAGCAUGGCUCCUGU